UGAGAGUAAUGGAGUUAUAAAAAAUAAAAUGUCACAGCAGGUAGUAGCUACUGCUUGGAUCGCAGCCAUUCUAACACUUGCAUUCAGUGGAUAUCUGGUCUACGAGUACAUCCUUGACUUUGAAAUGGACGAUGAGUAUACCUAUUCUAAUUAUUCACGAAUAACUACUGACCAUUACGACCUCAGAAUGGAACUCGAUUUUGAUAAUAAAGUUAUAGUUGGAGAACAAUUGUUAAAAAUGAGAUCCCUUGGAAAUUUUGUCAGAGAAGCUGUGCUUGAUAUCAGGGACCUAGAUAUCACAGAAGUCCUUUAUAACGAAGUUCCUGCUGAUUUCAGAGUUUUUAACACUAAACCAAAGAUAGGGCAGUCCCUCAGAAUUGCAAUACCAUUUCAAUUCGCUGGGGAUGAAUUCGAGAUAUUAGUGAAAUAUAAGACUCAUCCAGGAGCUACAGGACUAAGUUGGCUAGAUAAAUCUCAAACUUCCGGAAAGAAAAUGGACUAUCUCUUCACCCAUUGUGAGACAAUCCAUUGUAGGUCAAUUGCUCCGUUCCAAGACACACCGAUGGUUAAGAGUACCUUUAAAGCUCAAAUUAUUUCUCCUCAAAAUAUGAUUGUUAGAGCUACAGGGAACCUAACUGAAGAAUUUGAUUACAACAAUUUUAGGUCAACUAAAUUUGAGAGCAAAAUCCCGAUCCCAUCUUACCUCUUCGGGAUUGUGGCUGGAGACCUCCAAGAAAGUGAGCUCGGAGAGAAGGUAAAAGUGAUCACAGAGAAAGCUCUUAUGAGAGAAGCCCAGUCUUCUCUUUCAAUAUUAGAACCUGCUCUCACAAUUCUUGAAGAAUACCUCUCCAACUAUGUUUGGGGUGAUUAUAAAAUAGUAAUCCAACCACCGAGUUUUCCUUUUGGAGGGAUGGAAAAUCCCCUGCUAAGCUUUGCUUCUUACACUAAGAUUCAAGGAGAUGCCUCCUCAGUUGAUGAUACCAUCCAUGAAAUAGCUCACUCUUGGGCAGGUAAUCUUGUGACUCCUGAUAAUUGGAAUGAAGUUUGGCUGAAAGAGGCCUUGGCCACAUUUCUUGAAAGAAAAGCAAUCAAAUCUAUCAGAGGAGAGUCUGCCUACAAGGACAAAGCUAUGAGAGGAAUGAUCUCCAUGCAGGAUAAGAUCAUUGAAGUUGGGGCUGAUAGCGAGCUCACUAAGCUCACUCCAAAUCCUUCCAAAGUGGAGGAUCCUGACCAUAUUCUAACUCCCAUCCAAAGCGAGAAAGGAUUUGAGCUCCUUGCACUGAUGGAAGAAUUAGUUGGAGAAGCACUUUUUAAGGAUUUCUUGACAGAAUACUUUGACACCUAUAAAUUUAAACAUGCUGAUUCUAAGCAGUUUGAAGACUUAUUUGUAAACUUUAUAUACAGAGUCUUUGAUCAUAAAACAGCUCUCAGAAUCUAUGAAGGUAUUAAUUUUAACCAAUGGAUCAGAGGGACUGGAAACCCUCCAGUAGGAGUAAACUUCGGAACUCCAGAAUGUGAAAGGGCAAUGAACCUUGCUGAGGAAUAUUUAAUAAAUGAGGGUAAGGACACUCCUUCUAAUUGGAGAGACUGGAAAGAGUACACUGUUGAUCUUAAAUAUAUCUUCCUCAAACACUUCUUAGAUGACACCACAAGGCUGAACUAUGAUAUCGUAGAUUUAAUUGACGGAAAUAAUGACUUAUAUUACCUUACCAAUCCUGAUUUGAUCUCUCUUUUCAUGCAGAUUGCUAUUGCUGGAGAUUAUUAUGAGGAUCCGUUCAGAUAUCCCUCAGAGUUUGUCUCUGUCGUCGGGAACUAUGAUCUAAUUGCUCCUAUCUAUUAUCAUAUGGCAUUGAAGAACCUAGAGGCUGCUCAGAAAAUAUACCAUGAGAAUGAAAACUUCUACUCUCCAAACAUAAGAGAGGAUCUUAAGAGAAAAGUUGGCCUUUAAAAUAGCUAUUUUCAACUA